AUGGUAGUGCUUGUUAUGGUUGUUGUGGUAGAAGGUGUUGUGUUGGUUGUGGAUGAAGGGAAUGUUGUGAUUAUAGUGGUAGGCACUGUGAUUGUGGUAGUGGUGGUGCUUACGGUGGUUGCUGUGGUGGUAGUUAUAUUAGUAAGUGUUGUUGUUAUAGUUGUAGUUGUGGUGAUAGUUGUGUUAGUUGUGUUAGAGGACGCUAUGACUACAAUAUUGUCUGACUUAGUGAUUGUUGUUAGGGUAGUUACUGUGGUGUUAGACCUUGUGGGGGUUGACUUAUUGGUUGCAAUUCUAGAAGUUAUGGUUGUGGUUGAUAUUAUGGUUGUAAUUGCCGUAGUAGAUAUUGUGGUAGGCUCUGUUGCUGAAGUCAUAUUUGUUGUUGUAGUUGUGGUGUCAGAUGGUGGUGGAAUGUUAGCUGCUGGGGUGGUAGGUGGUUCUAGGGUGGCAGGUGGUGGUAGAAUGUUAGUUGCUGGGGUGGCAGGUGGUGGUAGAAUGUUAGUUGCUGGGGUGGCAGGUGGUGGUAGGGUGGAAGGUGGUGGUGCAAUGUUAGCUGCUGGGGUGGCAGGUGGUGGUGGAAUGUUAGCUGCUGGGGUGGUAGGUGGUUCUAGGGUGGCAGGUGGUGGUGGAAUGUUAGCUGCUGGGGUGGCAGGUGGUGGUGGAAUGUUAGGUAAUGCUGGAGUGGUUGGUGGUGCAAGAUUGUUGGGUGAAGCGGUGGUUGUUGUGGUAGGAUAUAGAACUUGGAAGCUGGUGAAAAAAAUUAAUAGAGUGGUAGAAGGCGAUUUGGUUGCAGGAUAA